UUUUUUUUGUAUUGAGGCCCACCCACUUCUCUCACUCGGGCAUCAAGAAGCUCUUUUCUGGAGUUGCCAUCCAGACGAGAGAAUCCCUAAAAGGCCCUAUUUUCCUCUGCCACUCUCAAUACUCGCAGAUUUUGUAUCCUGUGCGCGGGCUGGACUGGUAGGAAAUAUCGGGAAAUUGCCCGAAAAAUCGGUAAAAAUACCGAUAAAUACUCGACGAUAUUUUCGAAAAAUUACCGAAAUUUCCGUGGAGUAACGAAUAUUGUGUCGGAGCCGGCCCGCCGAAAUUUUUCGACAUAUCAAUCCUUGCCUAUAUUUAUCACCUAUCAGUUCAUUAUUUCGUCCUCUCUUGCCCUUCGCUGUAUAGAAGGUAUCAAGCCUUCCAGGUUAUUGAGGCUCAGAAACGGGCGGGGACAACAGUCGAACAACUUUCACUUUUCGAUUUCUAGUCAAACUAGGGUUGCCAUUUUGUAAAUUUGUUUGCAACUUCCAAUCCUAGAAGAGAAGGCGAAGCCAUUCCCACUGUCAUGGCGACCGGAACAAUUCUUGAAGAUCAAAAGAAACGCACUUUGGAAGCGUUGGAGCGAAGGUUUGCCGUUGCCAAGGCUGAGCUUCUACAACAGCAGGAACAUCUAAGCAAGAAACGAUUUCGCGGAGUAGAUGAAAAAGUUAGUCCCUGCACAAAUUCUUUCUCCGUUGGUUCUUCAACUCAUCCGACUGACUCAUCGGUUACGCCCACAUUGAACGCCUCAUUGAAGAAAGCUUAUUUUGUGGGUAAUCUUGCUUUCUCAGGUCAUGCAACUUCACAAGAUGUGGAAGCAAAUGGUCCAGCGUAUUCUCAGCUCUCUCAAACCGUUCAUGAGAAUUUGUUGGCUACAAAUGCAAAAAUCACUAGUAAAAGAGGAAGCACAGCGGAUAAAAUUUUGCAUGACCUUCUCAAAAAUGGCGAUUCAGCUCAUAAAUACAUGAUGGGAUCCAGAAGUAUGAAAUUUGACAAUUGGAUCCUUCUUGAUAAUGUUGUACAAGGACGUGGUGCUUCAGGUGCUCGUAUCAGGGAUUUGCUGAGCCACUCGAAGAACUCCAGAAAACACAUAUCCAUGAAGCAAAAUAAAAGAUGUGGAUCAUUGAAUUUGCCUCAAGAGCUCCAUAGGUAUGAUAUUUUCAAGCCGAUGCAUGACAUGUGGAAAGGCUACAUGAUGCAACUUCUUAAAAAUACUGGGAAAAAUCAGUUGGUUCAGCCUCUUCUCAGUGCAGACCUACAUGGUGCUAUUAUUCUAGUUGUUGAGUGUAAGAUAGCUGCCUUCAAUGGAGUGAGUGGUAUCAUGAUUCGUGAAACUGCAGAAACACUUGGUAUAAUUACACAAGAUGAUAAAUUCCGAGUUGUGCCCAAAAAGGGGUCUGUGUUUAUUUUCCAAGCAGAUUGCUGGAAAGUCACCUUGCAGGGAGACAAACUCACUUCAAGAAAUUUAGCCCUGUGAUCUUGAUAUUGGUCUUUGCAUCUAAGGAUCUAUCCAACUGUGCAUAGAGCUGCCUCAAGCUGUUGGAUUCAAGAUUUGGCCCAACAUAUUUAUGUUUUGAAUGUCUAAAAAAUGCGCUUACCAGAGUUCUCUGCGUCUCACUUUUUCUUUUAACUGAGAUCUCUAUCAAAGGCUCUCAAUUGUUGACUAAAUUGCAGGAAGGUGAAGUGGGCAAUGAAACCACGGAUAACAGAAACUUCAAAGAGGUACCUGUAACAUAAAUGGUUGAUUGGGCAGAGUUUGGUUGGUAGAUAUAGGCAGAGGCAGCUCAGAUUAGCUUCAUAGGCACUUUGAAAAGAAAAAGAAAUUAAAGGGUGAUUUCAGUCAGGUGGUCUUUAUGUAAGGCCUUAAUCAUUGUAAUAUGCUUUUCUGAUAACAACUUUUAACUUUUAAUUUUAGAGGGAUAUUAUUUUUUCUAGGAAUCAAAUGUGUUUGGUGUUUUCAGAAACUUUUAUUUGGGAAAUUCAUUCAGAAAGUUGUAAUAGCUUUUACCUUCAA